GACAACUUCCCAUGAGGCUCCGCGGAGCACUCAGUCUAACGCCCCGUGCCGAGGAGCUGGCGAUGGCGGCCCCGCAGGCGGAAGUCCUGUCGCCGGCAGGAGUCCCGGAUCUGGAGUGGUAUGAGAAGCCGGAGGAAGCCCGCGGCCCUCAGCUCCAGCUGCCGGAGGCCACCGCCAACCCCACGGAGCACUCGUGCCCGAGGGACUGCUUGGUGCCCGUGGUGUUCCCGGGGCCGGUGAGCCAGGAGGACUGCUGUCGCUUCACCUGCGAGCUCCUCAAGCAUAUCAUGUACCAGCGCCAGCAGCUGCCGCUGCCCUACGAGGAGCUUAAGCAUUUCUACCGAAAGUCUCCUUCCCAGGCAGAAGACGCAGUGAGGAAGAAACCUCAGAGCACCAGCGAGGCGAGCAGCAGGAAGUGCCAACAAACCCUAGCAGAGCUGGAGAGCGUGCUGAGUCACCUCCAGGACCUCUUUGCCCGAACUCUGGUGCCACGAGUGCUCAUCCUGCUCGGCGGCAAUGCCCUGAGCCCCAAGGAGUUCUACGAACUUGACCUGUCCCGCCUGGUGCCCUACAGUGUGGAGCAGAGCCUCAACACCGCUGCGUGCCUGCGCCGCCUCUUUCGGGCCAUCUUCCUGGCCGAUGCCUUCAGCGAGCUCCAAGCUCCCCCACUCAUGGGCACCAUCGUCAUGGCCCAGGGCCACCGGGACUGUGGAGAAGAGUGGUUUCGACCCAAGCUCAAUUACCGAGUGCCCACCCGAGGCCACAAACUGACCGUGAGCCUGUCCUGUGGCCGACCUUCCGUCCCGGCCAUGAUGUCAGAGGAUUACAUCUGGUUUCAGGCACCUGUGACGCUAAAAGGCUUUCACGAGUGAUGGCGAGUAGAACGCUUCCGAAUCGUGGCCAAGUGCGGCUGAGCGGCCUUCCUCCCCCUGACUUCCUGGUUGGAGAGGAAGGCUCUGCCCUUCUGGCUGCCUACCUCCCCGCCACACACACUGCCUGGUGGGCUGCUGGUAGGUGACUGUCACAGUCCUCACGGAGCAGUGUCUCUCCUGAAUCAGAGCUUGAUUUCCCCAGAGGGUGCUGCUGGGUCAGGUGUUUGAGAUUACAAAGCAGAAGAUGAGGUCCUCAGAGGCAUACUCCUAUGGAGGAGGGCACCCCUUUUUCUGCCUUUUUUGCUGUGUCCUUUCAGAAUAUUUUCUGGGUAUGUACAUGUGGAUGUGAUUCAUGAACUUAAAUAUAAAACAGAUGAAUUCAUAGCACAUUGUCCUGCAGCACUGCAGGCCGGGGCUUGGAGGCUUUGGCCUUCUCCCCAGCCUCUUCCACUUCAAGGUCUCCAGGUGGGGUGCCUCUUAUCCCAAGUGCCUGAAGCCGGAGGGGUUUCACAUUUGAGGUUGUUAGUGUGUACCUGUACUGAGUUAUCCUGGGGAUAAGAUCCAUGUCUAAAAAUGAAAUUCAUUUACAUUUUAUGUCCUUUUGUAUGCCCAGACCAAAUGUAAUUUUAUAUGAUAUUUUUAAUAACUUUGUGCAUGAAAUGAGA